AUGCAGGGAGUGGAGGAAUUUCUCGGGGUUAAUGAACUAGAGCUAAAAACAGCAAAUGGAACUGCACUGCCAUAUUGUGGGUGGACAGAGAUUGACUUUUCACUUCUCGGGACAAAUAGUGAUUAUGGGUUAAAAAUAUCAUUUUUAGUCAGCGAGGUUGUUCUCGAUUUACCGGUUGUGGGGUAUAAUGUUAUGUGGGGUAUAAUGUGAAAUUACUAGAAAAACCGCUGUGAAGGUUAACCAGGACAAACAGACAUCUUUUGUGGAUGUGCUAUGUUGUAGUUUAAUGGAUAUUGAACGGGCCGAAGUUGAGGCUCUGGUGGCAUUUUUACAAUCGGAAAAGACCUAUGACUUGUGUAACGUUAAAACUACUAAACAAGACAUAGUAAUUCAACCAGGUCAAUCGGUAAAGAUAGUUUGUUAUGUUGAUGUUGGCCCCUUGGAAAUGCGAGUACCAGUGUUAUUUGAGCCCAACCCAGAGUGUCCUUGGGCGGAUGGACUAGAAGUACCAGUAACACUCACAGGUGUGUCAAGAGGAGCUCGAGUCAGUAUUCAAGUUAACAAUCCGAGUAAUCGUGCUAUUGUAUUGAAAAGGAGGACUGUGUUAGGAACGCUUUAAAUGGUGAGAUCAAUAAACCCAAUGGAUGUUAUACAGUCUAAGAAUACUAAUAACAAUACAGAAGAGCCUCAAUGUAAUGGGACGGAAGUGGGUGUCAGUGUCGACAGCAUCGGGUCUAAAGAAAAACUAAUGGGAAAUCAAAACUCUGAUGGUCUACCAGGUUAAUCUUGAGGGACUGACAAACAAACAGAAAUGGAAAGUACAACAGAUGUUGAAGGAAGAAGCAGAUUCAUUUUCAAGAGAAGGUGAAAUUACACAGCUAUUCCACGACCUCUGUAUCCAGAGGUUAAACAGUAUGUUGAGGAUUUACUGAAUAAGGGGUAUGUUCAAAAAUCACGUUCAUCGUAUUCAUCGCCAAUGGUCUGUGUCAGAAAAAAAUAUGGGAACCUUUGGCUAUGCGUGGAUUACAGACAACUAAAUAAGAAGACAGUAACUGAUAGACAUCCAUUAGCAAGAGUGCAAGCGACGCUCGAAAGCCUUGGUGGUAACAAAUGAUUCACAGUGUUAGAUCAGGGGAAGGAUCGACACAAAACUGCUUUUAUCACCCCGUGGAGUUUAUUCGAGUGGAUUCGAAUACCGUUUGGGCUUAAAAAUGCACCCGGAGAAUUCCAAAGGUUUAUGGAACACUGCCUAGAGGGUCUUAAAGAGGACAUUUGCAUCCCAUAUUUAGAUGACAUUAUAAUAUUUACAAAAACAUUUGAUGAACACGUUGAGCAUGUCCAUUUGGUUAUACAACGAUUACGUGCCAAUGGAAUUAAGUUAAACCAGGAAAGUGUAAUUUCUUUCAAAGGGAAGUUAACUAUUUGGGACAGAUUGUGUCAGCAGAGGGGUACAGACUCGACCCAGGAAAGACUGAAGCAGUAACAGUCGAAACUUCUGGGACUUCUCGGCUACUAUCGGAGAUAUAUUGAGGACUUUGCACGAAUAGCAAGACCAUUAUUCGAUUUGUUACAAGCUCCACCUGAUGUGAAUUCUAACUCGAGUAAUGUGAAAAACAGUGUACCAUCAUCACAACCAAUUCAGUGGCAAAGCCAACACCAGAAUGCUCUCUGUGAACUUCUUGAUUAUCUCAUAAGCCCACCUAUCCUGGGUUACCCAGAUUAUAGUCAACCGUUUUAGUUACAUACAGAUGCAUCACUUCAGGGAGUUGGCGCUGUGUUGUAUCAAAUGCAAGAGGGAAAUUUGCGAGUAAUCGGGUAUGGUUCGAGAUCCCUAAACCCUGCAGAAAGAAGGUACCAUGCUGGAAAGCUAGAAUUCGUAGCCCUAAAGUGGGCUGUCUGCGAACACUUUCCAGACAUUUUAUAAUAUGCCCCGAACUUUACGAUCUAUACAGAUAAUAAUCCGUUAACAUACAUACUAUCAACAGCUAAAUUAAAUGCAACGGGUCAUCGUUGGGUGUCCGAACUCGCGGAUUUCACAUUCGACAUAAAGUACUGGCCGGGGUGUAAUAACCAAGAUGCAGAUGCUUUGUCAAGGAUGCUUGUAGACUUGGCAAAUUAUCGAGAAAUGUGCACGGAGGAGGUAUCUAGUGAAAACAUCAAGGCUGUAAUUACGGGUAUUACCGCACGCUCUAACACUUGUCGAAGAUCUUCCGGAUAUAACGAUUUUCUAACUAGGGCGUAG